GAACAAGGUAAACGUAAAAGCCCUUCUACAAAAUCAGAUGCAUCAUCAAGAAGUAUCUUCCUCUGCUUCGGCUUCCAGAGAUGACAAAAACGAAAAAGAUGUUAUCGCCGUCUCUUCAAACAACGAGAAAAAUGCUUCCACGGCUUUGGGUCACCCUUCGACAGAGCUUGUGGAGAUUGUCGGAAAGCUGGAAGGACAAGAACUUCGAGAGCACCAAGAGAAUGGGCAUCAUGAUCGAGGAGCAGACAAUGCUAGCGGACAUGAUAAUGAAGAUGGACAAUCGGUGUCCUCAGAAGUAGAUGAUCAUGAUUCAACAUCUUCUGAGGAAGGAACCGGCAAUAGAGAUCGACCGUCUUUGGUCGAACAGAUCUUGUGUUGCCUCGUACCCUGUACGAGGAUAUUCUUCCAGAACAGGAGAAGACGACGUCCUAGUUGUAGAAAUUCAGGUGUAGCAGGAUCUUCGAGUAGGGGACGCAGAGGGCGGACUCGAGGCUAUGGAGAAGUGCCAUCUACUUCUGGCAAUAGGAGAACAGGAGGAGCAGGUCGUAGAAGUCGAUUCAGUUCCUCUUCCUCCCAGCCACCGCCUCCCAGAUGGAGCAACUACGGGAAAAUUUGGGUCUACAAGGACACGCUAUUCAUAGGACCUAACUGGGGGUUUUCCAUCGUUCUGUUCUGUAUGAUGCCUGCUUUGGCGUAUCAUUUCUAUGCCUCGAUCAUGUGCGGGUGGCGACUGGUUCAGAAACCUGUGCAGCCGAUGGCAGUUCCUACUGGCCAGAUGAGUAGUACUGGAGGACUACCUUCUUCUACGGCGUUGACGAGCAGGCAGCAACAUACUACAACUCCAGCACAACAACUACAUCCAGCAGGAGCAGCACUCCUGACAUCAAGAGCUCCUCAAUUAUUAAAUCUCCACAACGAUGUCGCGCAGCCUGUGUUAGCGUACCUAAAAUGGCACACGAUUUGGUGGUGGUCUUUGGUUGCUCUGGUGCAAUUCAUGUUCCUGAAAACAGUGUUCAAAGACUGCGGCGUCUAUCGGCAUGCGAAAAAUAGGCCAAGUUUUGGCCGAAGCCACAUCCUCUGCCCACCAGAAAUGGUCGAACUCCAACACGAGUGCUUCUCGAGAUUUUUCACGGUUAGAAGGAUCACCAGAGUGGAAGAAGGUACAGGACCUGCGUUAUCUUCUACCUCUAGUCAUCAACUGCCUUCUCCAGAUCCACUGCCUUCUCCAGAUCAACUGCCUUCUCCAGUACCACCACCUCUACGGCGAGCACCGACUCGAGCCCAGUAUAUUCCCUUAUGACUCCGGAUACUACAAACACGACUUUUUGACUGGAUGGCUCUGGUAUUUGGUAGCCUGAAUUCGAUCACAAGGAUCCCCUUCUUCUUUUCCUCAUGAUCCAACGAAGGCUAGUACCAAAUAUCGGAGCCACUCACUAAUAGAAAGACAGUGCAUGUGCAGAAAAAAAUUUUGAUCAGUGUCAUUGAUCUUGUUUCCAGUUCUUGGACUUGCGUACCUCAUUAUUAUCGGUUUUUGGGAUUUUUUUGGGGAUGGUCCAUCCAUGCCAUGCUUGUCAUCCAUGCCAUGCAAUCCACAACUUCAAGAAAAAGGCAACUUUCUAUUUUUAUCCUACUCAGUCUGCAAAUAACCUCCUCUUCUAAUCCCUUCCUCUGGCGAUCGAUUUUGUAACGCUUGCGACGUUGUACAGGACUCUGGCACUCUACAUUGCGAGUUUUGCGACACCUGUAUCCAAGGAUAUGACCACCACUGUCCAUGGACAGGCAAGUGUAUUGGUUCUGGGAAUAUGAAAGAGUUUCAGACAUUUGUCUCCCUAGUCGGUGUAGCGGUGUUGUAUAUGGUAGGAAUGGUAAUCGGGAUUCACUAUAGAUUUUGGAAUCAGAGCUGAAGAAAUGCUGUUCAACAAAUUUUUGGAAAUAAAAUAACCUCAACAACAAGAAUCUCAAUCUCGGUCUUGCUUCUG